AUGGGGGUUUCUGAGAAAGUGCAAAAGAUCAAAAGAGAGCUCAUGGAUAAACAAAGGAGUAUGAGAACAUGUCCAAAUCCACAAGGCAGCACUGAUGAGGAGAAAGCGCUGAGAGAAAAAUUGGCAAAGUGGAGUAUGAUUAAGGAGAAUAUAUACAAGCAAAAGUCCAGAGUACAAUGGCUCAAACUGGGGGAUGAAAACAAUGCUUAUUUCUUUGCUAGCGUGAAGGGUAGGAAGGCUCAAAAUCAGAUCAACAUGCUAACAAAAGAGGAUGACAUUGUUAUUAGGGAAGCAACAAGUAUCACAAAGGAGGCUGUGGGUUUUUAUAAAAAGUUGUUAGGACAAUGUAGCAACCACAUGCAAGCUACACAACCUGAUAUAUUAAAAGAUGGACCAGUUCUUACAAGAGAACAACAAUUGUUUCUCAUUCAACCAUUCAAGGAUAUUGAUGUGAAGGCAACACUUAUGAGCAUGAGGGAUUCAAAAGCACCAGGAGGAGAUGGUUUCAACUCUUAUUUCUUCAAAAAAGCUUGGCUAAUCAUACGAGAGGAGUUAACAUCAGUUGUUUUACAAUUUUUCCAAACUACUGAGAUUGUGAUGAACUAUCUAGUUGAUCCAGGACAGGCUGCUUUUGUACCUGGUAGAAUGCUGACUGAUAAACUGGUAAAAGGGUAUGGUAGAAAAGGGAUCUCACCAAGAUGUAUGUUCAAGAUAGAUAUGCAAAAGGCCUAUGACUAUUUGGAAUGGCAUUUUCUGGAGGAGGUAUUAGCUGGCAGGUUGCAAUUGGUAAACAGUGUGCUAACAUCUAUGCAAGCUUUCUGGACACAAUUUUUUUUGUUACCAAAACAAGUACUGAAAAGAGUUGAAACAAUGUGUAAAAGGUUUCUAUGGAAUGGAGAGACACAAGUUAAAGAGAAGGCACUUAUUGCAUGGGACACACUCUGCUUGCCAAAAGUGGCAGGAUGA